AUGUGACUUAGCAUUUCCGAGGUUCUUAUCCGCGGGUCAUCAUGUCUUCAUCGGAGGCUAAUAAUGGCCCAAGUCAAGCACCUCCUUACCAAGGUGUUCCACCCUCAGGAAUGCCUCCCCCCUUUAUGGGACCACCAGGUAUACCACCUCACUUUCCUCCCAUGGGAAUUCCUCCGGGGUUAGGGCAGCGACCGCCAACCAUGACCCCAAUGCCGCCGGGUAUACUUCCUCCUGGGAUGAUGCCACCAAUAGCACAGAUGCCAAGCAUGAUUCCACCUAUGCUCCCAGCGAUGAUGCUGCCCCCUCGUCUGCCAGCUGCGACUGUACAACCAACAGGGCCGCCUGGUGUUGAAACCUCAGCCACUGUAUCUGCACCUGGAACAACCAGUACCACAAAUGGAUCUCCACAGGAAGAAGCACCGAAGAAGAAAUCCCUGUGGACUGAACACAAGUCGCUGGAUGGAAAGACUUAUUAUUACAAUACAGAGACCAAACAAUCCACCUGGGAGAAGCCAGACGAUCUCAAGUCUCCUGCUGAACAAAUGCUGUCCAAAUGCCCAUGGAAAGAGUACAAGUCUGACACUGGGAAGCCGUAUUAUUACAACUCUCAAACCAAGGAAUCCAGGUGGACCAAACCCAAGGAACUGGAAGAUCUAGAAGCAAUGAUCAAAGCAGAGGAAAAUGGUACAUCAGAGCCAACAGCUUCCGUCGCUGCCGCAGCUCCUGCUUCGCAGACAGAUGCUGCAGGUCCUAUAGCAACAGUAAUGGAGUCAGAGACAGCAACAGCAACUUCAGUCUCGGAGGAAGUCCUUCCCCAGGUGGCUGUGCAGCACACAGCUGAGGUCAAGACCGCAGAUCCCCCAAUAGCCUCCUCAGAGAGUACAGUCGCCGCUGAGACCACAGCAAGUGUCGAAGCAGCAAAAGAAGAACGACCCGAACCACUGAAGAAGGUUUACAAGUGGAACACAAAAGAAGAAGCAAAGCAGGCUUUCAAAGAGCUACUGAAGGAGAAGGGAGUGUCUUCGAACUCUUCUUGGGAACAAGCUAUGAAAAUGAUCAUUAAUGAUCCCCGCUACAGUGCUCUUCCUAAGCUGAGUGAAAAGAAGCAGGCGUUCAAUGCCUACAAAGUCCAGACUGAGAAGGAAGAAAAAGAGGAGGCCAGAAUAAAAUACAAGGAGUCCAAGGAAACCUUCCAGAGGUUCUUGGAGAAUCACGAGAAGAUGACAUCUACCACCAGAUACAAGAAAGCGGAGCAGAUGUUUUGUGAUCAGGAGGUCUGGAGCUGUGUUCCUGAGAGGGACCGGCUGGAGAUCUAUGAAGACGUUCUGUUCUACCUGGCCAAGAAAGAAAAGGAGCAAGCCAAGCAGCUGAGGAAGAGAAACUGGGAGGCCCUGAAGAACAUCCUGGACAACAUGGCCAACGUCACCUACCGCACCACCUGGUCUGAGGCGCAGCAGUACCUGCUGGACAAUCCCACCUUCGCAGAGGACGAGGAACUGCAGAAUAUGGACAAGGAGGACGCUCUGAUCUGUUUUGAGGAGCACAUUCGUGCUUUAGAGAAGGAGGAGGAGGAGGAGAAGCAGAGGACUCUUCUGAGGGAGAGACGGCGACAGCGCAAGAACAGGGAGUCCUUCCAGAAAUUUCUGGAUGAGCUCCACGACCACGGCCAGCUGCACUCCAUGUCUGCCUGGAUGGAGAUGUACCCGACCUUGAGCUCGGACAUCCGUUUCGCCAACAUGCUGGGGCAGCCGGGCUCCACCCCCCUGGACCUGUUUAAGUUCUACGUGGAAGACCUGAAGGCGCGUUAUCACGACGAGAAGAGGAUCAUCAAGGAUAUCCUGAAGGACAAAAGCUUCUUCGUGGAGGUGAACACCAGCUUCGACGACUUCGGCUCCAUCAUCAGCUCGGACAAGAGAGCCAUCACGCUGGACGCCGGCAACAUCAAGCUGGCCUUCAACAGCUUACUGGAGAAGGCGGAGGCCAGAGAGCGGGAGCGCGAGAAGGAGGAGGCCAGGAAGAUGAAGAGGAAGGAGGCGGCUUUCAAGAACAUGCUGAAGCAGGCGACGCCGCCGCUGGAGCCUGACGCCACCUGGGAGGAGGUCAGAGAGAGGUUCUCCAAAGAGGCUGCGUUCGAAGACGUCACGUUGGACUCGGAGAGGAAGCGCAUAUUUAAGGAGUUCAUUCACGUGUUAGAGCACGAGUGUCAGCAUCACCACUCAAAGACCAAGAAACACUCCAAGAAGUCCAAGAAACACCACAGGAAGCGAUCCCGCUCCCGAUCGGGCUCCGAGUCUGAGGAGGAGGAGUAUCACAAGAAGAAGAAGCGCUCGCAGUCCAAGUCCCCGUCCGAGCGCUCCUCCAGUGGUGAAUCAGAGAGGAGCUACAAGAAAUCCAAGAAGCACAAGAAGAAGGCCAAGAAGAGGCGUCACAAGUCGGCUUCGCCGGAUACUGAUGGCGAGAAAAAGGGCCGCGAGGGGAAACGUGAAAAGGAGGCGGAGAAAGAGCGAGACGGCGAGAAGUCUCGGGGCAAGUCCCACUCUGAGUCCAAACAGAAGUCUCCGAAAAAGAAGGCGGCCAAAGAGGAAGGCGGCUGGGACACGUCGGGCAGCGAGCUGAGCGAAGGCGAGCUUGAGAAAAGGCGGAGAACUUUGCUGGAGCAGCUGGACGCGCCGUAACCACCGCGCCUGAGUCUACCACGUCGUACAUGCUCGCCCCUCCGGUCGCAGCUGAAUUGAUGUGGAGCUUCAUGUGCCCUUAUUUUUACUUCAACGUACGUCUAGUUUGGAUUUAGCUGUUGGUUUUUAUAUGCCAGUGAAACCAUAUCGAAUUGUCACAGAAGGAAGGUUGUCGGUGCUUCUGGAACUGCUGAUGCUUUCUUGCACCGUUAUGAAUCCAUUUUACUUUGUUCAACUGUCGAUUAAAAUGUAAUAAAUACG